GGCAUGGAGCGGGCCGAGGCCUACGGCUUCUCGGGCGCCAUGAGCGGCGCCUUCCUGCUGUCGUGCCUGCUCUUCGCGGCCGUCAGCCGCCGACAGCGCGGGCCCUACAUGGACGAGGUGUUCCACGUCCCGCAGGCGCAGGCCUAUUGCCACGGCCGCUUCCUGCAGUGGGACCCCAUGAUCACCACGCUGCCCGGCCUGUACCUGCUCUCGGUGGGAGUGGUGAAGCCCGCGGCGUGGCUCCUCGGGUGGACGGGAAGCGUGGUGUGCUCUGUGGGAAUGCUCAGGUUUAUCAAUCUCCUCUUCAGCGCUGGGAACUUCUAUUUACUGUAUUUGCUUCUGUUAAAGAUCCAUCAGAAGAAUAAGGCUGUGUCUGGUUUCCAGAGAAUCUUGUCUGCAUUAACUCUUGCAGUGUUUCCCACCCUUUAUUUUUUUACAUUCUUGUAUUAUACAGAUCCAGGAUCAGUAUUUUUUACUCUUUUUUCCUAUUUAAUGUGCAUUUAUGGUAACCAUAAAACUUCUGCUCUCCUUGGAUUUUGUGGCUUCAUGUUUCGUCAGACAAAUAUUGUGUGGACAGUUUUUUGUGCUGGAAAUGUUGUUGCAGAGAAGCUAAAUGAAGCCUGGAAGAUUGAGUUGCAGAAAAAGAAAGAUGAAAAGAUUUCUUCUGGGAAAGGAUCAUUUUCAGAUUUGACCAGAAUACUGCAGUUUCUUGUUGAAUAUCUCUUGUCACCCAAGAAAUUAAUUACACUUGCUGCUUUAACUUGGCCAUACAUCAUAUUAGUAUCUCUCUUCUUUGUUUUUGUCUUCAUCAAUGGUGGAAUAGUUGUUGGUGAUAGAAGUAGUCAUGAAGCCUGUUUGCACUUUCCUCAGCUGUUCUAUUUUCUGUCUUUUACUGUUUUUUUUUCAUUUCCUCAUUUACUGACCCCUACUAAAAUCAGGAAAUUCCUUUUGUCAUUACGAAAGCACCCUGUGCAGUAUAGCUUAGUCACUGUCAUCUCUUUAUUCCUGAUCUGGAAAUUUACCUAUGUCCAUAAGUAUUUACUAGCAGAUAACAGACAUUAUACAUUUUAUGUCUGGAGAAAAGUGUUCCAAAGACACGAGCUUGUAAAAUACCUCUUAGUUCCAUUCUAUAUAUUUGCUGGCUGGAGUUUUGCUGAUACACUAAAAUCAAAGUCAAUAUUCUGGAUCUUAAUGUAUUUUGUAUGUUUAUUAGCAGUCACAGUUCCUCAAAAAUUGCUAGAAUUUCGUUACUUUAUUUUGCCAUUCUUAAUAUAUAGGCUCAAUAUUCCAUUUCUGUCUCUAUAUAGACAACUUCUGGAACUUGCUUUUUAUAUUUUAGUAAAUGCUGUAACUUUUUAUCUUUUUCUAAAUAGAACAUUCCAAUGGGAAAAUAGUGAUGAAGUACAGAGAUUUAUGUGGUGACUUUUUUUUUUUUUGAUACUUUUAUACCUGUAGGAAAACACAAUUCUGUUUCAGGACUGGACUCUGGAAUGAAACAGUAUGUUUUGCAUCAUGUAAGGAUUGUUUUCCCUAGUUGAAAUUGGGAAGUAAGCUUUUGCUUAUAUUGUUGCAACCAAAUGCAAGAUUGUUAUAAUGUGAAGAUACUCCAUAUAUUGAAUUUAUGAAAAUUUUAAAAUUCAAUAUGAGGGGAAAUGUGAGAACACCUUUCUGUAAUUAAUGUAAAAAAAGGGAGAUGUUUACUGUCAUUAUGUUUCAGAGGCUUCUCUUUUACAAAAGAAGGAUUUCAGUCUAUUCAACCUUUUUGUUUAUUUAUCUGUGUGCAUAUUUAUUCAUCAGAUCAGGCCAUUUCCAUCUAGAUUUACUACUGGUCAAAGUAUAAGCCACUAUUAAAGUACAGUGUUUUCAAAGCCUCCUAUGUCUCACUGAAUAUUCAUUACUUUUUUUGUCAGUAAAUGCUUACAUUAGUUUUGUAAGCAGAAUGAGCUCUUAAAGCACUAGAGAAUUUUGAAUAUUUUAUUUCGAACUGAUAUUUAGAAAACACAGCGAAUGCUAUGUGUGUGCACCUUCUUUGGAGGAAUAAAUGUUACUGUACAAUGAAACAGAAAUGGCAGUUGGUAAUGUGACCUGUUAGAAAGGGAGUAGUUUACAGAUGUCAGACUGCAAUGUGCAGUGGAUUGCAGCCCUCUUAAAUAAUUGAGCUUUUAUGUCCUGUGGUUCAGUGCUCACAGGUUUGUGCUGAAAUCAACUCUGAGUGCACUUCUGAGUUGCACUGAGUGUUUCAAAGAUCUUUGAUGUGUAAUCUCCAAGAAGUACUAAUGGCAUUAUUGAACUACUCUUUUAAGUAUUUUUUCAUGUUUAAUGGAACUUGAAUGUAUAUCUUCUGGUCGACAAAGGUGAAAUGCAAUGUAUAUAUACAUAUAGGUAUGUAUAUAUAUUUAAAAGCAUGUAGUGUGCACUAUCAUCAGAGUAAAUGAAGGCUUUAAUGGAUCCUGUAAGUAAAUCACUUUAUUAAGUCUCAAAAAUAGUAGAUUGCUUAAGUAUGUGGCAGGGGAGAGUGGUCUCCAAAACUUCAGACACUGUGUAGCUUAAUUAAAUUCAUUAUUUUCUGUAUUGAUAAUACUUCAGCCAAAACUGUGCAAACAUCAUAUUAUUGCCACUCAAGUCACUCUGAAUUGGAAUUGUUUCUCAAGAGCUCAGUCCUGGGCAGUUAAGGGCUCAGGUCAGUAUUGUUACUGGUUUCUUUUACCAUGAAGAUCCAUGUCCUGGCUCCAACUCCUUCCCUCUAUUAGCACUGAUGGAUGUGGUGAGCUCAGGUUCUGAUCAAAGCCUUUGCAACCCUGUUUCUCCCAAGGAAACCCUCCAGCCACUCUUCAAUAAGUAGGUGUGUUUGUAUUGAAUUCAGGAUAUUUGCCAGGUCGCUUUUUGCUUCUUGGCCUUUGCCAGCCUGGUAAUUUGUUGUCAAUGUGUACCAUAGGGAAAGCCAUUUUCAGUCAGUCCCUAUUUUCUUCUUCAGGUUCAAGGGACAAAAGACACCUGAAAUGGAUUGCUUUUGAAGAGUCCAGUGUGGUUCUGGCAGAGUCCAGGAUGUUGUGUUGUGAUUUCAGUAUCACAGAUUUGGGAGGGGAAGUUUUGUGUGCCUUCUGCUUCCAAUUUUGGUUUUGUAUGCCAUGCCAAUAAAAUCAUAAGAUAAAGAGCGUUUGCCUGCUUAAGUACAACUUCAUUUGUGCCCUGAAAUACUGAGUUGGAGUGGUAACAUGGAAAGGCAUGGGGCUCUGUCUAGUAUUCCAAGUUGUAUCUUAGAUCCAAGAUUUUUUUCUGCUUUUAUGUAGGGGAGCAGGUGUUAAUUCCCUUGAGAAAAAAUUCCCUUGCAAAGAUCCCCAUGUAGUCAACAGGUGUUUUAUCCAGUAUGUCUGUUUUUACUGGUUUCAAAUGCCAUCCAUGAUCAACUCUGUUGAGAGACUGUUCAUGCUUCCUAUUUUUAACAGAAGUAGCAGCUGUGUUUCAAGUGAAAAGAACCGGUUUAAAUAUGUACAAUUUUAUAAACAAUUUUAAAACUUUUUGUUGUGAAAAGUGAAUGUAAAAUAUACACUGAAAUGUAGAGCACAAUACCUUUCUAAUGAGCUCCUCAGGAGCUCAGGAGACCCUAGAAAAAUUACACAUAGAGAGAUGUCUGUGACCUGUUGGGGCUGUUUAACCAGUACUAUGAAAUGGCACAAUAUUUUCUAGUGGAAUUUAUUACUAUACUUACAGGUUUUAGUUUAAAAGUACAAUUAUGAUUAAUAUAUUUUGCUGCUUUGAAAGCAGGCUGAGUUGAUAAAAGUUUAUUUAAAGAGGGAAGUUGAUGAAUUACUGAAGUAUGAAAGGAGAAUGUAUUUGUAGAAUAAAGCUAUGUUUUCACUUUUGCAUGUGAGCCUGAAGGUGUUUGCAGGCAAUAUUCAAUGUUAGCCAAGCCAGUCCAGAAAUCAGAGGGGUUAUAUUUGUAUCAGAACUGGUCAUGAAGAAAGGUCUCCAAAUUACAUCAGUAUUUCAUAUAAUUUUGACAAAUAGCAGUAACACUGUUGAAAUCCAUUGAAAAAUGGAUUUUAGUAUUUUGCCCCUGAAACAUUUCCAUUGUAGUUGUUUCUAAUUUAUUAGCUGUUUUCCUUAAAGACAUGCAAAAAGAGCUGUAUUUAUCCUGCUUCAUGUUGCCAAGGUCUUCUAGAUUCAAUAGAACUAUAAUUGCUUACUUUAGGUUAAUUCUCAGCAGAUGUCAGUGAAAUUUCUUACAACAGCUUUAAAAUGCUAAUUUCUUGUAAAUUGUAUUAGUUAUGAAUUUAUAAUAAAAUCGCAUUAAUUUCUCGGAAGUAUUCAAGGUAAAACCAAAAAUAGUAUAGCUAAAUUUCUAUAAUGGCUGCUUUCAAACAAAAAAAACCCCUCGGUUUUAAUUUUUCUUAGAAAUAAGAUGAUCUUUCAGUAGCUGUUGGAAUAACAAAAAUAGCUGAACAGUCACAGCAUGGCUGAAUUGCUUUGAAGUAGAGGAAAAAAUACAAAUAAUUGAACAUGUUUUUUUCUUUUAGUUAAAACUAUGUUGUUAUUCAGCAGGAUAGGAAGUUUGAUAAUCCUUUAUGUUGUGAACUGUAUUUCCUGCUAUUUGUGAGCAUUCUGUAUUUCAUUCCUUUUAACUUCUUUGACAACACGCUAUUGUUCAAAAUUAGCAAGAAUUUUAUACCAUAAGCGAUGCUGAAAUAUUUUUUAUCUGUUAAUUUUCUAGAGGGUUGAUAAAUAAGAUGGAUUACUUCUGUUAGAAAGUGAAAAAAAGGUAUUCUGUAGUGUCUGGGGGCAGUUGAAUUUUGUGCUGUCAAUGCAGUUCUGGUGUUUUUCGUUGUUCACAAGGUGGCAGUCCUGUGCUGUCUUGUUGAGGUGACCAAGUGCUUAGUGCAAUGCUGCUUGAAAUCAUAAUGUUUCAGCAACACUCUGAUAAUUAGAAAACUUCAAGUUCUCUCAUGGCUGGUUGCUUGUUUUAGUGACUUAUUUAGCUAUAAUAUCCUUGUUAAUUUUAAAUAUAUAU